GCAGUUCACACACCCGCUCAAUCUACUCAUUCGCAAGCUCAAUUCGAGUUAAGCAGUCUGAAACUGCACACGGCUGCGAGACUUAUAUAAAGUUACUUUUUAAAGCAACACUUAUAUUUUUGUCAACGCCUAAUUAAAAACGCAUUAAAACAAAAAUGGAGCUAACGUUGUCAUCCGUUGUUGUAAUGGUGGUAUUUUGCAUUGGAUUCUACACUCCGUCAUCAUCUGCAGUCGAAGAUGCCGCGGUCGGAGAUCGUCCCUUGGUUCGUACGACGAGGGCGACUAUACGAGGCGAGAGAAACAGCAUACAGCAUCGCAAACUCGGUGAUAAUUUCCAUCGGAGCGUAGCCGUGUUCAAGAAUAUUCCGUUCGCCGAGCCACCGAUCGGUGAUCUUCGGUAUGCCGAACCAGUUCCGAAGACCUUAGAUGGAGAAUUCGAUGCGACGGGCGACAAUAUACACUGUCUUCAGGCUAAGAAUCCGUUAAUGUUUGAUGAUAGCGAGCCAGUUGAAUUCUCGGAGGAUUGUCUUUUUCUUGAUGUCUUUGUGCCUGAGCCCAAGCCCAAAUCGGCUGCUGUGAUGGUAUGGAUCCAUGGUGGAGGGUAUCACAUGGGGACCAAGAACUAUCAAAAGUUAAACGCCAUGGCCUUGGUGGCUGCCGAAGACAUUAUCGUCGUCUCCAUCAACUACCGUCUCGGGAUUCUAGGGUUUCUCUCUACUGAGGAUGGUGCUAUACCGGGAAACCUCGGACUUCUCGAUCAACGUUUAGGGCUCCAAUGGGUAAAGGAAAACAUCGCAGCAUUUGGCGGUGAUCCCGAUCGGGUGACUAUUUUUGGUGAGAGUGCUGGAUCAAGUAGCGUAAAUUGUCAUCUUCUCUCACCCAUGUGUACUGGGCUUUUCUCAGGUGCAAUCAUGCAGAGUGGAGCCAUGUCACCAACAUGGACUUUCAAGACACAGAAGGAGAAUGCUGAACUAACCUUCGCAUUCGGAAAGGCGAUGGGAUGUGAAACCAACAGUUCAACCGAACUACUCACUUGUCUUAGAGGAAUAACAGAAGAAGACAUUAACGCAUUGCAUGAAACAGGAACCACAAUGGUAUUCUACAUGGUAGCUCCCGUUGCUGAUGGCCACUUCCUCCCUGAAGACCCGAUGCAAGCUCAGGAGGAGGGGUCCUUUAACCCAUCCAAUGUUAUGAUCGGUAGCCUCGGACACGAAGGCAAUAUCUUCGCUGUACCAUUUAUUACGGGGUUGAAAGGAUAUGAGAAGGUGCCUGUUAAUAGGACAUCGUUUGACACCUUUAUUUCUUUGUUUACACGGAUGGCAGACCCGUUAGCAUUAGAUCUCAUCAAGUUGGCCUACUUGUCAGCAGAGCAGCUGACAUCGGGUGAUCCUGAAGAAAACCUGAUAGACCCAAUGGCCCAGUUCUUCGGAGACCAAAUGUUUCUCUGUCCUACCUUCAGCACUGCCCAGCAGCUAGCCGCGGCAGGGAUACAGGUCUACACCUACCUGAUGACGCAUUCGCCUGCUUACUCGAUCUGGGGCAGCAAGUAUACAUGGCUUGAAGACACACACGGUGAAGAUGUCCCGUAUGUUUUUGGUUCGGCGUUCCUUGCCCAAGAUGGCGAGGACGAGGACGAGGAUUGGAUGCUGCAAGGCCGUCUUGCCGAUGACGAAGUGGUGAUUGCUAGACGAAUCAUGAAGUACUGGGCGAACUUUGCCAAGACAGGGAAUCCUAACCUUGGUACCAAUGAAGGAGACCAGGAACCUGAUCAACAGUUCCCAUCUUGGCCCACGUUCACCAGUGAGACCAAGACCUAUAAGGAUCUAUCCAGGAACAUGGAGAAUCUUUCAGGGACGACGCCCAACGCCAGAGAAUGUUACUUCGUUGAACAUCUGCUCCCCAAGCUAAUAGAAAACGCAGCUGAGAUGGAACGCCUCAAGUCUCUCGUAGAGGAGAAAGUCAGUAAAGAUAGCGAGAGGAGCUGCGAAGAUCCGGACACCUGCCCUGAAGAGUGAUCGUCUCUACGACACACGCUCCGGGGACAAUAAUUCCUAAGUGGUCAUUUUCGUACACCUACGUAAUUAACAACUUCGGCUUACUUUGUUCCAUCGGUCAUCGAGUGUUUUGGUUACACGAACUUUCGUAAAUAAUAAAGCCCUAAAUCCCGGAGGGUCGGGUAAAGCGUCUUUCUGCCAAAGUGUCGGGUCCAACUUACUCGACACCUUCUGAAAAACCUUCAGCAAAUCUAAAAAAAAAAAAUUCGUGUCCCCACCCGACACUUUUUAAUACGAAAUAAAAUGAUCGCAAGAGUUGGUAAAAAGGCCAGCGAUCGACACUUCGUUAAUAUCUGAUUGUACGUACGUACUUGUUUUCACAAAAUAGGACCACCUUUGAAAACUAGGAUUGUUUGCAUUCAAUGUAUCCCACCAUUCGUGAAUAUAAUUAUAUAGGGAUGAUACAAAAUAUCAUAAAACUCCACAACUUGAGGUUCCCCACCUAGCUUUUUAUGAACAUGGGUUAUGUUUUCACGAAAGGUCGUUUACCCGACCAGACGCGAAGACUCGCUGAAACGCUGUAAGCCGUAAUCUUCAACACUAGAUCAAACACUUAUCCCUUAUCCUAAACCUAACCCAAAGCCCGAUUGCAGUCCUACGCCAGGCUAUGUAAAAACUAUUUAAGGUAUUAAAGCACGAAGCAACUAUUACUGUCGCCCGAGCAUAUUACCAAACAACGUAUGUGUUAUGUCAAAUCUAUUUUUCAUCCAUCUUCUAGCAACCAGCUUAUUGAGCUUAUUGAACUUAUUGAGCACCCCAUAACUACAAUCCUGUCACCAAUUUUAUGAUACUGUUUAUACAAGAAAUUUAUAAAUUUUCUUUGAGGGUUCGAAUUCCAGCCCGGUACAUAGUGUCCUAUGAGAAGACAAAAACCCACAUUUGCCAUUCUCCACCUUCUUCUAUUUGAACUUGUUGAACUUCCCAAAUAAAACUAAAUGGGUAUCUGUAGUCAAACCAGAUUCCUAGGAACGUAUGUGAAUGAUUGAUAGGGGAUAAAGAUCAUUAAUCUUUAAUUUGACUUCUUUUAUUUCCCAUCUACCAAUAGGACCAUUAUUGACUUAGAAGAGGAGAAAUACACUUUUCAUCUUUUACACCAGUUUUCUAUUUCUUUCAACACCGAUUGAACUUUAUUUAGUGCGAGUUUUAAUGUUAGGCUAGAAAACCAGAUAUAAAUAAAUAAUAUCAUCUGCAUAAAAUGAAUUGUUUGAGAGUAAUAAAUGCAUGGCUACCAGGCUUCCCUGGGUAAUUGAUUGAAAACAUAAUUACAUUUUCACAGACAUUAUUUCAUCCGCCCUCUUUUGAUAUUACUA